UCUUCCCGCUUGGCUAGUGUCGAAGAACUUGAAUAAACCACCAUCCUACAUGUGCCAAAUUUUUAUGAUAUCAUAUGACUCUCAGUUGGUCGAUUGAGUGGGCGGUUCUAAAAAGACGCGUGAGAAAAUACCUACAUUCUUGCUGCAGGGUUUCAAUUCAACCAUCAGCGCUUAGGCCAGUGAACUUAGCCCAUCUGUCCGUCUCUUCUCUUCCACAAGAAAUUUGAUUAGUAGAAAACCAUUUCGCAGUCAUGUCAUGCAAUGUGUUGUGUUGUGUACUACUUCUGGCCGUGAGUGUGUAUGCUGCCGCCAAUAAAGGAGAAAAAUGCUUGGAACCACUGGAACCAGGACCAUGCAGUGCGCAAAUGCCUAGUUGGGGAUAUGAUAGUGACCUAGAGCAAUGUGUGAAGUUCACAUACGGAGGGUGUGGAGGAAAUGCCAAUAACUUCGCCUCUGCUGGAGAUUGCAUUGACAAAUGCGAACAUCCUCGCUCAUGUUAUGACGAAGAAAAUCAAGUUUGGUAUGCUCAUCAAGAGAACAAAGGAGGAGGAUAUGGCUGUGGUGGAUGCACUUGCAACGAUGGUCUGUUCGAAUGUGGGAGUUGCAACGCUGUCCCAUUAGUUUGCAGAAUCACUAACUGUGAUAACAAAUGCGACUAUGGUUACCAGAAUGAUGAGCAAGGUUGUCAGACUUGCGAUUGCAAGCUUGAACCAGGUAACUUCCUUAACAAGUUGAAGUUCUACUGUCAAGAGUUUUGCAGCUUCUGCAGAUCUAACAGUAAACUUCAAUGCCCGUCCGAGUGUGACUGUUACUAAUGACAGGUAUCAUUCAUGUCAAGGACCAGGCAGUAGUUUUGUUGAGCACUUUCGGCAUGAUCACAUUUAUCAAAAUCCUACUGAAGGAAUAAAUUACAAAAAUAGCCAUUACCUAAAGUUCAAUGAGAAUGCCCAAAUGUUUUCUGAAAGCAAAGUCCAUUAAAGGGCAUUAAAUAAGAUAGAGUAACUUAUUCUCUACAAGCCUGUUCUUUGAACAAAAAUAGAGUAGUUUGAUUAUUUUUUUAACUUUGCUCAACUACCUGCUGAAUUGACUGCAUGACUGGCUGAUUUGCCAAUUCAACAAGUGUUCUGAAAUGUAACAGCAACGAGAUACCUAUAACAAUUUCUCAACAUCACUAUGAUCAAUCUGAUAACGAUGAAAAUAAAUCAGGCCAACUAAAAGUCGAAGUCAUUUCGAGUAAUAUUUAGGACAAUAAAAUUGUGCGACUACGUUAUCUACUUAAUAACCUUGACUGCUAAAGUAAUAUUUGAUGUCUUGAGUACAAGUGUCAGUAAUAUAGCUGUAAAACAGUUUAACAUUAAAAUCCAAAUACAUGCAUGUACCUGUCUACAUGUUGGGGAAAAGUUCGGGCGUGAACUAUAGUUCGACCAGUAGUCAGUGGCUUUUUAAAAAUGCGCUCGCUCAUUCUAGUUACACUCGAAUGACCCAUUUCAUGGUUGGUUGCGAUUCUCAGUUGAGUCAUCGUAAUGUAGUGAUUUGAGUCAAGUCAUUAGGUAAAAAUGUCAAGUUGGGUCGUAAAGAUGACUUGAGUCCAACUCAACUCUGCCUUGUGGUAGUGGUUUCAAAUGUAACCAAAAAUUAUACGUAAUAAAGAAAUAAAUACCAUUAA